GAAGAUGGCGGACGAGGAGGCCGAACAGGACCGCUGUCCUGAGAACGGAAUGACUGAAACGAUACGGGAGCUCAGACAACGGUUACAAGAACUGCAUGAAAUCGUGGUUCGAGAGAGCGAAGAGUCCCCAGUCCAGUCCUCCUCUGACUACUGCCAGGAGCUGUGCAGGACGCUGCUGGAGUACGCAGGCCGUUGGAGGAUAGAGGAAGAGCCUUUACCACUGGUAGAAGUGUACAUAAUCGCCCUGCUGAGUUACGCCCAGGCCUCUCCAUACCUCUCCCCGCAGUGUGAAAAUGUUCCCCUUGUGGUUGAGAGGCUCUCACUGAGUUUCGUGGAGCUUCUGCUCUCACUGAAAGAGAACGUUCCUGAUGGCUUAUGGGAAGAUUUCAAGACAUCGAUCCAGGUAGAGUGAACACACACACACACACACACACACACACACAUACACACACGACAGAAUGCAAACGCAUCCCUUUAAAAAAAAAAAGUGAAUACAUUAAAAUACCCCACUUCAUAUAUAUAUAUUUCCAUGUUAGA